AUGCUGCCUUACGCGACGGCGGCGCAGGCGGAGGCGGCGCUAGGUCGCGCCAUGACGCGCGCCGAGGCGGCCUGGCUCCGCUACUCGGCGUCCCUGCCCGACCACCUGCUCUACUGCCACAAUGUCGCCAUCCUCCUCCUCGUCUACACCCUCGCGCCGCUCCCUCUCGCGCUGCUCGAGCUCCGCGCCCGCGCCGCCGCCGUGAUGAGGCCGUCGAUGUACAAGCUGCAGCCACGGGCGCAGCUCUCCCCCGGAGAGUUCCUGCGCUGCUACCUGCAGACCGGGCGCGUCCUGCUCCUCACCGUCGGCACGCUCAGCCUCGUCUCCUACCCGGCCGUCAAGAUGGCCGGCAUCCGGACGGGUCUGCCGCUGCCGUCGGCUGGGGAGGUGGCGGCACAGAUGCUGGUCUACCUGUUGGUGGAGGACUACCUCGGCUACUGGAUCCACAGGCUACUGCACACCAGGUGGGGCUACGACCACAUCCACCAUGUUCACCACGAGUUCACUGCGCCCUUCGGCUACGCCGCGCCCUACGCGCACUGGGCCGAGGUCCUCAUCCUCGGCGUCCCCGCCUUCACCGGCCCCGCCAUCGUGCCCUGCCACAUGACCACCCUCUGGCUCUGGUUCGUCCUACGCCACCUAGAGGCCAUCGACAUCCACAGCGGGUUCAAAUUUCCAUUCAACCCAACAAAGCUUAUCCCAUUCUAUGGAGGGGCCGAACACCAUGACUACCAUCACCGUGUAGGUGGUCAGAGCCAGAGCAACUUCUCUUCUGUUUUCACCUUCUGCGACUAUUUGUAUGGGACUGAUAAAGGCUACCGGUACCAUAAGGCAAGCCUAGAAAAGGCUUCCUGA